CGCCUGGCGCUGGCGAGUUGCAUCCUGCGACGGCAGUGGUACCAUCAUUCUGCCCCUACGCACGCGUUCCCUUGUGCCUGCGUUGUUCAGACUAUGUCAUCUUCUAGGGGAAAUGCUCGGACAAAGAGAAACGAGGCCUCGGUUUCCUCUCGUCAAUCGUCGGACUGCAUAGAUCCCGACCCGGCAAAUACCAUAACGGACCGACUGAAUGCAGCCUUGAGCUCGGGAGGAGAUGGGUACAAACUAUCGCUAUGUCCCAGCGCACAGUAUAUCAUCACAGCGCCCAUCAAGUUUGCCUCACCAAAUCAAGAGAUUAGUACCAGUGGGUAUCCUACCGGAGAUGAAAGGGCGACGCUGGUUGUGGACGGAGCCGUGGAGAAUGGCUCUGGUCAUACAACGGCUGUUGACGGCACUUGCUCGACGUGCGGAGGAGUGAAGCUAAGGAACAUACAGAUCAAUGGAACUCGCUUGGGCGCUCCUCCUACGAACGGUGGUGCUAACAUCGAAUUCGGUGGUGAUAACUCGGGACAGCUCAUUGAAUACGUACGGUCGUACGAUCCUCGGAGUUGGUCUUGCCUUCACCUUGCUGAGGGCACGUUCCAAUGCAACAAUGCCACUGUCCAACACAAUGACAUUGGACCGUGCGGGUCGGAUGCUUUUCAGCAAUGGGCGGACGGAAUAAGCGUUAGCUGUCGCAACAGCUAUAUCUUCAAUAAUACCCUUGCUAACCCUACCGAUGGAGGCAUCGUGUUGUUUGGGGCGCCCGGGACGCUUGUCGAGAACAACCUGAUAUGGGUCGAGAACCAAACGCUUCUAGGAGGAAUCAACAUGGUCGACUUCGACCCAUGGAGCGGUGACUACACCGGUACCGUCGUGCGGAACAACACAAUUAUGGGCGGCUUCGCGACCGAUACUAGCGACGAAGAUAGUGAAACUAAGGGCACAAAUGAUGAAGAUGUCAUCAUCAAGAUUGGUAUCGCGAUAGGCCCUCGUACGUGGUUCGGUAAUCAAUACGGCGAUGACCAGAACAAGAACGGCUAUGUUCACGACAAUAAACUAUCUGGUGCCUUUGGUUAUGGAAUGGCCGUAUCCUCAGCCAACAAUUUUACGGUCCAAGACAACGUUCUCACCGGAAACACGUCAUUCAUAGGAUCCCGAGGACCGAAUUGCAGUACCACAGACUCAGUGCCGACCCCCGCAGCGUUCGUGGUGCAGUGGAACAACACCAUUGCCACCAGCCUCCAGUCAGACUUUCAGUCGAUCCAGGAUGCCGAUGGACUGACAUGCAUUCUCCCUCCCGACGGCGGCGAUUAUUGGCCUUUCGGUGGCAAUCCUAGCAACUCGUCAUCCGCCGGGAAUCCGACGUCGAGCGGGCAGUCGGACCCUUCCACAUCAUCCCACGGCGGAAGCCACGCUGGGCGCACAGCGGGAAUUGUUGUUGGCGUAAUCGCCGGUAUUGUCGCUGCGCUGCUCGCAACCUAUUCCAUCCGCCGCUGGGCAGUCCGACGAAGACGCGUUCCCAACAACCAGUACUUCAUGACGCAACGAUCGUCAGCAUAUACCCAUGGAUAAUCGCCAACAGUGCUUCACUUUCCUACAUCCGUUUUCUUCGUCUAGAACUUGAUUAUGGAACACCGUUUAGGGCUGUUCAAUUGACUUGCCUGCCAAUCACGCUGCACUCUCCUUUGUUAUGUAUCGCCUUGUUUCAUAUUAGUCAUCUUGGUUGUGAAGAUGUUCUGCUGGACUAUAGGUAGAUUAUUGUAAGGCUGUAGGUCUGUUAUUGUCUCACAUACUGUCAUACGAAGUAUAUAGC